AUGACAACAACACCAAGUAUUGCUUUGGAAAAUGGUUUAAAUUUGAAGGAAGUUCUGACUACUGGUUCAGUUCUACAUAUUAAUGAGGACUAUGAGGGCACAGAUACAUAUUUAGAAACAGAAAGAAAUGAGGCAAAGACUGUAGAUUUUAUUGGUGAGCCAGUUAAAUCUUUUGAAGUGCUUGAGAAACAGCUAUCUACUGUAGAUGAAAAAGGUUUUGUGAAAAAGAAGAUUAUUGUAGAGGGUGGAGGAUUACCUCUCAAUGAAGGAAAUACUGUCUCUGUUGCUUUUUCUGGUUACUGGGAAAAUGACACAGAACCUUUUGAUGUUGUAAAAGAGGAUAAGCCAAUGGUAGUUGAUCUUAAAGAUAAUGGCUUAUUGCCAGGUUUUCAAAUUGCAAUUCAAUCUAUGCUAGUUGGAGAGUUGUCAAUAUACCUCUUUUCAUAUGAAGUUAUGUAUGGUGAAAUGGGAAUCCCACCAAGGAUUAAGCCUAAAGCAAAUUGUGUAUUUUACAUAAAAUUAGUUAAAAGCAUAAUAACUCCAAAGCAAGGGCCAAUAAAUUAUUCAGAACCCAAUACAUUUGAGAGGGUGCAUCAUGAAGUUAAAUUGUUAUACAGUUCAGGUGUAACAUUGCACAAAACGAAAAAUUACACAGCAGCCAUACAAUUAUUUCGAAAAAGUGUAAAUAUGCUCCAUAAAUGUCGCUUAGCUGAUGAAAAUGAAGAAAGCAUCCAAGAAAAAUUACUCAUAAAGCUUUACACAAAUUUAGCCGUAUGUUACAAUAAAGUAAAACAACCUCUACGAGCAUGUAUUGCUUGUAAUGAACUUGCUAGGCUAAGAAGUCUUUGGAACAACAGCAAAGUACUGUUUCAGAACGCAAAGGCACUUCGCAUGAUAGGCCAAUUUAAUAUGGCAGAGAAAAAAGUUAGAAGAGCCCUAAAGUUAAGCCCAGAUAAUGAAGAAAUAAAAGCAGAGUUAGAAUUACUGGAGAAAACUCGAGAUUCUUGUAAUCAGACCCGAUUGAUUGAUAAUGAGAAUAGAUCACUUGAGUUAGUGAGUGAUAAUUUUAAGCAAGAGGUAGAUCAACUUAUAAAGAAUUUUAAAACUAACCUAAAUCUGUGUAAGCUGACACUACCGGGUGGUUUGAACUCCGAUGAAAUAAAUUAUAUAAAAGAAGCAUGCAUAAGAGAAAAUUUAUUUUUUAAUAAAAUUCAAAAGAAUUAUUUACUGGACAAGGAUAUAACAGUUUCAAGUGAACUUAAUGAUGAGGAGAUAUUAGAAAAAUAUGGUCUAUUAAGCAAUGAUUAA